UUCUCGUAUACUGGGGACAUGGUGGCUCUGGAACUUGGUUGGGGCUGCUCUUGUACUAUCAGAAAGAGCUCAGGUUAUCCCUUGCAUGCCAUGGGGUAAGGAGGUUGGCAGCAGAUCCAUGUGGGUUACAGAACCAUGUUUCAAGGAUGGGACCUAUUUCUUGUCUCAGUUGAGUAUUAGAUUGACUCCAGGACAUCAGGAUUGGUGCUCUCUGCUCAUUGGUCUGUUUGCACUGGAUGUAGUCCUGUACGUGGAGGUUGGAUGGCUCAAGUGAUUAGAAAUGUGAUAUAGAGAUGGUCAGUGAUUCCGGUGCUGGUUCAGUCACGCAGAGAGGAAUGCGUGGUGUAGCUUUUCCCCUCUUGGGCGCAAUUUACAGAUUGGGGCAUGGCUGGUCUUGUGGCUAAAACGCUGGACUGGAACACAAGUGAUCUGGGUUCAGUUACUGGUUCUGCCAUAGGCUUCCUGUGUGACCUUACACAAGUUAAACUCUUUGUCUCACUUUUCCAUUUGUAAAAUGGGAAUAAUAAUACUUCCUGCCUCGUACCCUUUAUCUGUCUUGGCAAUUUAGAUUGUAAGUUGUUUGGAACAGAGGACCGUCUCUUACUACGUGAAUGUAUGUAGCACCUUGCACAAUUGGGCCCUUUAGUCACUACGUAAUACAAAAUAAUUCAUGAACUCAUUGAGUUUUCCUGUUACCUCCUCUAAGAUGAGGGAGGUAGGAUGCACCAGGUUCAGUCUUUUAAUUAUUGUAUAAAAAACUCAGAGCAGCUUCUUGUCUUUUCUCUGUAUUACUUCCUGCUACCUUCUCAUCCAUAUAGGCCUAUGCUCCAGUUUUCCUUUAGUAGCCUUGAGGUGAUCCUGGGACAGUUUCUCUUGCUGACAGCCUGACUCGUUCAUCUUUUGCAGCCUGUGGUCCACAGAUAUUAAGUGAAAAAAAACUUUGAAAAUGUCUCAGGAACCUGAUAUUCCACAUACAAGUGAAGAAAAAUUAGGCGAUUCAGAGGAUAUCAAAGAGGACAGCUUGAACAACCCAGAUCAGUCUAUGAGAGCGAGGAUACGACAAAGUUCCUCAAGUCCACACAGGUGCAACACAGCUCAAUCUAGUCCCCCUCGGCUUGUGUCGAUGGAAGAGCUGAUGGAAACAGCGAAAGGAGUUUCUAAUAUGGCAUUAGCACAUGAAAUUGUAGUCAAUGGAGGCUUCCAGAUUAAACCAGCUGAAUUACCAGAAGGCAGCCUGGAGAAAACCGUAAAAGAGAUUGUACACAAAGCUUUUUGGGAUUGUCUGGAAGCCCAGUUAAGCGAAGAUCCACCAACAUACGAUCAUUCAAUUAAACUUGUGGGGGAGAUUAAAGAGACUCUUCUAUCUUUCUUAUUGCCUGGUCAUACUAGAUUAAGAAAUCAGAUUACUGAAGUUCUGGAUCUGGAUCUGAUAAAGCAGGAGGCAGUGAAUGGGGCCCUGGAUAUUUCUAAGCUGGCACAAUUCAUCAUUGGAAUGAUGGGGACCCUUUGUGCUCCAGUUAGAGAUGAGGAAAUUAAGAAACUGAAAGACAUUCAUGAAAUAGUCCCACUAUUCAGAGCAAUUUUCUCUGUAUUAAACUUAAUGAAAAUGGACAUGGCUAACUUUGCUGUCAGUAGCAUUAGGCCGCAUUUAAUGCAACAAUCUGUUGAAUACGAAAGAGAGAAGUUUCAGAGGAUUUUUGAGAAACAGCCAAAUUCUCUAGACUUUGUCACCGACUGGCUGCAAGAAGCAUCAGAUGAUCUUGCCAAUUUGAGGUGUAAAAAUCCACCUUCUCCUGGUGUUGGUGCUGCAGCUAGUAGAGUUCCUGUAUUGUGUCCUGCUGCUGUACAGAAUUGGGCCUAUCUAAAGCUGCUUAAGUGGGAUCAUGUGCACAGGCCUUUCCCAGAAACAUUGUUAAUGGACCACACCCGCUUUCAGGAAAUGCAGCUGGAGCUGGAACAGCUCACCUUGACGGGUGCUAUCCUCCUGGUCAUGUUCAAUGUAGCAGGUGCAGCGCUUUCCAAUCUGCCAGGGUUUGCUGACAAAAUCAAAACCAUUAUAAAGGUGUUGUUGACGGGAAUGCACCUUCCCUCCUUUAACCUGAGUGAAUCUUUGGCUACUGUUGGUGAGAAGCUCUGUGCUGAAGUUAGUAGCUGUCUUUCCCAACAUGGAUUCAUGCCAUUGACAACUGAGAAAGAGAUUGUGCUUAAAGGACAGAUCCAGACAUUGGGAAAUUCUGACAACACCAUAUGCAAAUUGAUAGAUUCUCGAAUUCAGGAAUUUUUGGAGAGCUAUCUGGCUUCUGGUCAUCAGAAAUCAUUUCCUGCUAUUCCUGGGGGAUUAGGGCCUAUUCAAAGAGAGAUGGAAGAAAUUGCUGUCAAGUAUGUUCGCCUUGUCAACUAUAACAAGAUGGUGUUUAGCCCUUACUAUGAUGUGAUCCUCAGCAAACUACUGAAUAAGGAAGAAUCCCAAUUGUUAGGGUAGUCAGAAGAAUCAUCAUACCAGUUUGUAUGCUAUCUAGAUAGUGUUAAUUUUGUCUGCUAACAAAAUUGCAAUUAACUUGGCUUUGGAAAAUGGCAUUCCAUUAAAACAGUUUUAUUACUAUAACUCAAUAGCACUGAUUCUGAAGGGGAAAAUUAUGUAUAAGUUGGAAUAGGUGCUUUGAAUUAAAUGGUAAAUAGAUGCAUUUUUAGCACAAGUAUUCAUGCUGAGGAUAUGUUUGUUAAGUUUAUGGCUGUAGUAUUUGCUACUGAGCAGAUGUUAGAUAAGACUAAACAAUUGUACAAACAGACUGCAUUUUUAAAUUGCUGAUUUUGUGGGGGGCUUUUUGUAGCAUUCUAACUCUCCAGUUUACCAUGAAAUUAGUGUGUGCGUUCAUCUAGAGAAGAUUAGCCAAGGUUUGUUCCAUAUUGAGUGAUUUGGCCUUCUGAAAUCCUAUUUUAACAACUGAAGAAAUAAUUUAAAAUUUGAGAUGUAAGAGACUUGAAUAAUGGUAGUUAAGAGCAGGUCCAAACAUUGCAUUUUAUUGUAAUAAUAUAAGGCUACUAGUCUUUCUGCUAAUCACAUUUUUUCUAUGGCAAUUUUUGGUCUCUAUCUGCAAAUAAGUUACCAAAAACAUGAUAUAAUUAUAUUUUGUAGUGAAUUUUCUGGUUAUCAAAUAACGCUCUUCUUCUAUGUACAGUGUUACAAGGGUGACAGUCUAUAAGAUUGCAGCUGAAUUUAUCUCUUUGUAAAACUUUCAGAUGGGCCAAGAGAAAUGUUUUGAAAAGAGUGGCAUUUCUUGCCUUUCGUUUGCUGGUAGUUUACUCCUUUUUAUGUGAAAUACUAAAGUAAACAUUUUCAGAAGAUGGAUAAAGACUUGUGCAUUGAAUUUCAGGCUUGAGGAAAUUUCCUCAUUUUUUUUCCCUAAGACUGUGUGGCUUACGAGACAAUUGUAUAUGCUCAUAGUUUCAGAAAUAUCACUGAAAUUGAAACAUACCAAGAAUUCCUUAAUAUUUUAAGCAGUGACUUUAAAAGAUAUAGUAGGAAAUGAACUAUUUAAAGUCAUGGGAAAAUAUUAUUUAGUGUUUUAGAUACUUUUUCACUUUUUACAGAUGAUCUUGAAAUAUUUUAGAUUAUUGAGAAGAUAACUAGCAAGAUGUCCUCUAAAUGCACUCUGAAGGAUUUCUGUUCUUAGUAAUUCAUAAAAUAUUGAAAUUUAAACUUUUCUUGGAAGUAAAUAUAAGGUUUAGGACAGUUUAAAAGCAAAAUUGAAACUUUCUUCAGCUGAUAGAGCCCAUCCGGUUUUGGGUAAGAAAUGGUUGCCAAAGUUCUUAGCAUCUCAGGUAAUAUAAGGUGAAAGGAGCUCAUGUUAAUAAAUGAUAGGCUGGUACCUUGUCCUAAGAGUUUUGGGGCAGUGGGGUGGGGGCGCGCUAUGACAAAAAUAGAAUAUUUACUGUAUUCUAAAAUGAAGAAUUUAAAAGGUGGCCUCUUUUGACACUAUUGAUUAAUAAAAUAAUGAAUGUCACAGACUAGUCAACCAGUCUAACAUGAUGGUGAUAGGAAGGGAGGUACCCUGGAGUACUUAUUCUAAUGCUUACACUUCCCUUUGCAUUUUGAAAUUUCAGUAGUUCCUAGGGCUUGAACUGAGAUCAGAUUACGGCUCUAACAGUUUCCUGCUCUAUGGGGAAGAUGGAAUAAAAUAACAGUAGCUUUACUUGCUUGAUGUAUCCCCACAUUAGCGUAUUAAAUCAAUCUCAAACUUUGGUUGAAACAAAGCUUACCUCAUUUUUAUGAUUACAAAACUAAUGACAAUAUUAGAAAAACAUUUUUCUUUGUUGGAUGGUUCUUUUGGCUGAACUCCUGAAAAUGUAUAUUUUGAACAUUCUUUAGUAAAUUGAAAAUAAGUAGC